GAUGUGCAGGCCGCCGUCACCGCCGCUGCGAUAGACACGAGGAGUGUGGUGGUGGUACUGGUGGUGGUGCAGGUGGUGGUGGCGGUGCAGGUGGUGCAGGUGGAGUGGGUGGGGAUGCCGCUGUGGAGGCGGAGGCCCACGUGGUGGUGGCUGCUGCUUCUCGCCCCGACCGCGCUGCUGCUGCUGCUGGGCUCGCGGCUCCGCGCCGGGACGCGCCGCGCCGAGGCGGAGACGCGCGCCCUGCGCCUGCAGCACGACGCGCUCAGCGCGCAGCUACAAGUGGUGUACGAGCAUCGGUCUCGGCUGGAGAAGUCUCUCCAGAAGGAGCGCCAGAGUCACAGGCGAACCAAGGACGACUACAGCGCCUUCAAGGUGGCUUCCCGAGAGCAGAUGGAGGCUCAGAAGAAACAGGCGUCGGCGUUAUUCCAAGUGGUGAAAACUGAAGUUGAGUUUUUGAAGUCGCAGGGUGGGGAGAUGGAGCGGGAGAUGGCAGAGCGGAGCGGCCGCUGGGAGCGCGAUGGAGCAGAGAGAUCGCGCGAGUUGCGUUUGCUGCGGCAGCAGCUGGAGGAAGCGGAGAGGGAACGCGACACGGAGGUGACGAGCCUGCAUGAAACGAUAACCCGAGAGAAGGAGGAGAGUCAGCAGCUGCGCAGGGAGAGGCAGGAGUGCCACGUGUCUCUGCAAGAUGCACAGGUACGUCUGGAGGCGUGCGAGCUGUCGCGGGGCAAGCGAGCGGCACGCGACGGCGCCGCCGAGUUAGAACAGAAUGAGACGAAUGCAGUGCGACACACACAGCGGCACGUGCAGCAAGCCCACGACAUGCUGUCCCUCCAGCAUGAUCAGAUCAAGGAAGUCCUCAAGGAUCAUCAGAAUCAACUGAAAUCUGCAAAGGUCUUGAUUGAAGAGUACAAGCGACUCAAACAAGGGCUCAGGUUCAUGCCUCCGUCACACACCGGCCAGGCACAGGUGACGGAUCCUGCACGCACGCUCAAGAAGGACAGCCUGCCCGCUCGCUUUGCAGUUGUCAAACAGUCCGAGAUGGAUCGCGAUCGCGAGGGCGAGAGCAACAACGCCCAACCAGAGGACGGUGGAAACAAUGACAACGAUGAUGAUGACGACGAUGACGGCAACGACGACCUGGAGUUUUACCUUGUUACAAUCAAGAAAUGACGAUUGGAGUUGGACGUUCAUCCUGGCUCCGAGGGUUUAUUGAACGCAAGGUUAUCUACUCGACUAGCGGUGCAACGCAGCGCACAGCGAGGCCGAGAUAGUGUUGCUUUAGAUGACGUUGGCUAAACUCACAGAUGCAUCGUCUUUCGUUUUAUGGCAAGGGGGAAGAUCCGAAAUUCGAGAGUUUUGGAUUGUGUGUGGGGCCGUGUCGAGUUACCACCCUGUGCAUAAAAUAAAUCAAGUCCGUGACGUCAUGUUUUGAGCCGACUAUCCUUGUUUUAGAGAUAGUUUCUUCGUCUUAGAAAGUAGACGAUGGGGUUUGGUUGCCAGUGUCAGACGGUGGACUUAGCGGAGGUCGGUGAUGGAAAUUGCAUUGAAAGUCGACCAUUUGCCACGUACGUUGGAGAACGGUGACAUCCAUUGGGAAUUCCCAAGCAUGAGAUAACUGAGUUGGUCCUGUGGGUGGCAGGCAGGGUUAUUGAUUAACUGGACUUGUACACCAGUCACGUGGUUAAUGGCGACUUGGUUGAGGAUUGCUGUGUGACACACGUGCUGUUGAAUUUUACAGGUAAAGGACCCAAAGGUUGUUUUUGAUCGUUAUAAAAAUGUUCUAGACUUGUUCUAGACUUCAAGCUUGGCUUUGAAUUGUUAGUUUGUGAUAUAUUCAAUAGGAGGGUUUUUAGCACUGUGCACUGUAAAGGAUGACGUACUGUAGUUAAUACUUGUAAUUAUCUAACCCUAAUACUGUUUAUUCUAUAACCAUGCCCAUGCACCAGAGGAUGACUACUUGCAAUGCUAUUGAGAAUAUAACAUGUGUAGUGACAUCGCGGAUGUCACUGUGUGGUGCCAGCCCUAGAGGGGCACGGCGUGCGAUGUACUCACAUCGCGGAGAUCAUGUAUGUAGCCACAUUGUGAAUGUCAUUGUGUAAUGCCGGCUCUAGCGGGGCACGGCGUGCUAUCGCACAAUACAUUGUCAUCGCGGACACCCCGUAGGUGGGUGCAGUACCAGCCCUAGAGGGGGCUCGGUGAGCGCUGGGAUAGCGCAGUGGCACCACGCGUGGCACAUAGUGCUGACUCCUACAGGAGGGAGUGUGAGAGUGUCAGCCAUGGGAUGAGGUUACCCUAGGCCAUGGCACUCUGGUUGACCCUGGAAGGCACGUGACCAGAAAGAUCUAUACAGGGGCCCCAGGUGGGGGCUUGGGGAUGGUCACGUGUCAGGGUGAGAUCCUACGGGAAGGGUCGAGAAACGACGAGGUUUCACGAAGGUGGUCGUGGCCAAGGGCGGGGCCAGCCACGACCCAGCAGCAUAUAAACCGGGUCCGCACAGGGACCGAGGUUCAGCAUUGCUGUCGUCAUCUGAACAUCUACGAUCUACGAUUCUACGUCCAAGAAGAAGUCACCAACACGUGGACGAGGACCCCAGCUAGGGUCCUGUCCAUCGUAGCUACUCCCAGUAGCUAGCGUAGUUAGCCUGGUGGUCCACCACCAUAGGUUAUCUGGUAAAGGGGCAGUAACACCUUUGUGUUAUGUGUAGUGUUCAACACGGAGGCAGACACUCUGGACUGGGAGGCAACACUUUUAUUUAACAACUUCCCUAGCAGGUAACACUGAACGUAACUCGGGGUUUAUAGUAGGUGAUGUGGCUAACUAUGCGAGUAGCGAGUUAACUCUAAACGAAGACCCAGAGACGACGAGAUGCGGGACCCAGGCUUGAUUCCACCGACGAGCCAAGAACACUCUCGCGACUGCCCUUUUAUGCUCCUGAGGUUGGCCUCGCUCCGCCUUUGGUCACGUCCCCUUCAAGACCUUUCUCGAAGGAUCCCGACCGAGCAUCACGUGCCCCACUCAGGCGACCACGUCCUCCCUUGCCCUAUCUUAGGCCAUCACCAGGACUAUGCCCCCUAGGGCUGGCUGACAUGCCGUACUUACUCUGGUGCUAGAGGCACCAGAUGCACAGUUGCACUACUGUAACAGAAGCUGGCGUGAACACCCUAGUGACACAAUUUACGUCACUACAUAUGUGUUGGUGUUAAUAAAUAUGUGUUGCCUCCAAGAUGUACAUCUGUGACUCAGUUGAAUCCACUACACAUGUAAAGUAGUAAGUUGUACAAUGGUGACAAGUACAGUACCUAUACUGUACACAUACAGUACAGAUAAUGGGUGUAAGAUACCGAUAUAAGUGGAUGGUAUAGAUAGACAUACAGCUUAGAAUUAAAGUAAUAUUUAAAUACUGAAGUGCAAAGGUUGCUGUCAAAGACAAAGAUGGUUUAUCAGUAGUAGAACUGGGUUUAAGCGAAACUGUUAUUGAUUAACGAGACUUGUACACCAGUCAUGUGGUUAAUGGCGACUCGGUAAAAACCAGUCUCAUCAAGUUUCUGGUGGAAGAGUGGAAACUCCCACGAUACAGAGAGAUGUUGCAUGGCAAGGUGUUGUACAUGACCUGUGAGGAAACCUGCUACAAGUUGACAGAAGAUGUGUGAGGAUGUAGCAGAGCUGCACUCCACGUAUGAAGAAGCUGACACUCGUCUGCUCCUGUAUGCAUUGCAUGUAGCAAAUGUGGGCUCAAAGCAGUUAUCAUCACAGCUGAGGACACUGAUGUCAUGGUGAUUUGUC